AUGGGACGCGAAGGGGCUCACAAUAGAGGCGGAGGGGCGGGGAAGGGUGGAGUCGGAAACGCCUCGGCAGAGGCAUCUGCGCCGGGUCCGCCAGCUCCGCUCUCCCACGCACUCCCUUCGUUCAUUGAGUUUAAAAAGCAGCAGGCGUCACUUCUCUUCAUUGCGUGGGACAACGAAGAUGCUGGCCGCAUCGAGGCUCUGCAGCUUAGGCCUAUCAUCAACGCCCUUUUUCCGCCCGAUACAGUGGAGCCCGUGGUUAGCCUGCGUGAGAUACGAAGGGCAUUUCUCGAGGCAGUUAGACAGCCAUGGUCGCCGCAGCGGCGUGUGACGCUUGCUGAGGUUUGUGCCGUGCUAGAUGCCUUGUGGGCGCCACAGCAGCGACGCACGCGGAUGGUUACGGCGUGCCUUCGAAGCGUGUUUAGCGUUGUCUCUGACGCGCAGCCUACAGUGUCACGGGAAGCACUAUUGGAGUUUGCGAAACGUGUCACCGGUGCGGAUGUCAGUGCGGGGGUUGCGCAGUCGAUUCUUUCUGCCGCGGCUGCGGCUGACGCCCAACUCUGCGAUACGAUGAACUUUGAGGGAUUUUGCAGCCUGCUCCUUCCGGGGUUAGUGUAUGGAUAG